UACAUCACUGACAUGUUUCUAUUGAGAGCGUUUGUAUAUUAUGUAUUUUAAGUUUAUUGAAAAAAGAAAAAGACCUUAAUCCGAAUGGACGUUUUAACCCAAGACACGACGACAAGAUGAUGACCCUCCCUCGUUUUCCGUUUGGAGCCGGAAGUUGUCGUUGCUUGUUUACAUUCUUCGAGGGCUCUGGAGAACAAAACGCUGUCAGUUUUUUUCUCAUAGAAUGCUGGUUGACAGUCCAUUAGGUUUGUGUGGUAGUUUUUAACUGUGUUGUCUCGCUGUUGUUGCUUGCACCAUGGCUCCAGCUCGCUGCUACCGCUGUCUCUGGGUAAUGUUGCCAUUCCUCUUGCUUCGGUGGCCGGGGCUGCUGCUGCUGCAGGCGGCGGCGGAGCAGGUCGCGCAGGUGGAGGUUUUCCUGGAGCAGCAACCCAGUGUCAGCGCACUGCUUCAGGGAGAGGUGGUGGAGUCCAGUGGGGUCAGCAAGACCUCCGAGGACCGAGAGGAGCUGGACGGGGAGCUGGUCCUGGUUCAAGUUGAGGAGACGCAGGUGAGUGGAGGAGAAGGCGAGGACGAUGCCACAGAGCAGGAGCCAUGGAUCGGGGUGGUGCCAGUGGAGAUUGAUGACAGCAAGGCCUCCACUGGUAACCAGGAGUCCUUCGCUGAUGCAAUGGUCAAUAAAAUGAAGCGAGCCUUAGUCCUCGGAGCUUCAGCACUGAUCAUCCUUGCUCUCAAUCAGAAAACCGUCAGUGAGAUGGAUCUGUCGCAGGUGCUGUCUAAGCCCAUCAUUGUGAUCCAGACGUCUGAAAAUGUCACAAAGCUGAUCGGAGCUCUGCUCAGGGGCCUUCAGGCAACAGCGAAAAUCACAUACAAGACGAUCCUGCAGGACAACCUGGGAGCCACACUCACACUGUGGUCCAGCUGUGGUCGAUCGAGAGGAGGGCGCUACGGAGAGUGGCAGGGGGUCAUCUGUACGGGGGAGACCAACUCUCAGGUCCAGAAGUACCUGCAGCAGUUGUGGGACACUGUCCUCCUGGUGGCUCUGAUUCUCAGCACCGGAGUCAUCGUCCAGGCUCGUUGGCAGUACCAGGACCACCAGGUCAAUGACGACUUGGAGCUCCUUCCUAAACAGGACGUCCAGAAGAGAAUGUCGUCGCUAAAGACCAAAAGAUACUUUCAGCCCAAACGCCGGUGUGACCCGUCCCAGCCAGUGGAGACGGACAACUGCGCCGUGUGUCUGGAGCCAUUCAAGAACAACCAGUGUUUACGCGUGUUGCCGUGUCUUCACGAAUACCACAGAGAGUGUGUGGACCCCUGGCUGCUGCUGCAUCACACCUGUCCGCUGUGUAAACGCAGCAUCCUCGCUUCUGCAAAGACAGUUAACAGUCAGCUCUCCUCCAUUGCCGCAGCAGCAGCAGGGAAUCGUCUGUGAUAUUCCAGUAGCCAUUUUUAAUCGACCUCAUACCUUCCUGUGGCCAGAAAUGUGGGAGUGAGUCGCAUCAGCCGAGAGGCUGACGAGACCGUAGAGCGAUCACAUUUUACUUUCCGACCUUCAAGAUGGGUCUCACGUACAAAUCGUGACAGCGUAAACGAUAACUAAAAAAGUACUGUACUGGUACAGUGCUGUCGUGUAUGAACAGUACUUCUUCCUGGGAUCAUGUUACUGUACAAUUACGGAUUAUGUGUAUAAUGUGACUAAACACAAACACAGCUGUAACCACACCCGGUAACCUCAGUAUUCACAAGUCAGUAUUUUACGUGAACAUUGGAUGAGCUAAACAGACAAGUGUCAAUGAUCACUUUAGGUCAAAAUGAUGUCAUUUUCCAACUUAUUAAGUGGACUAACAAAGUUUAAACAUGGUGUCACCCAGUGUCUAAACUGUUAGAUGUAGUGGUUCUGUAGUUUUAGUGCAGAAUUAUUAACGUUGCCAGUCAGUAGCAGAAUUGGAGAAGGUGUUUACACUUCACAUGCCUUAUAGAGAGAGUUCAGAGUGAAAGAAACCACAAACAUGUCCCCAACUAUACUUGAUGUUUAUUUUACAUUAGCUAAUUUAGUUGUAGUUUAGAACCGUCAGUGAUAGAGAUGUUAAACAGUCAGGUUAGGUCCUUUCCUCAGUUUAGUUGAUUUUUCACCCCCGACUUUUACGAAAGGGCUGGGACUCAACGUUACUGGCAUUUUUAAUUAAUUUAUUGACUGAUGACAGAAAAUGGUGAAAAAUGGAAAAACGGCAUAUCAGACAGUAUUGAUAAUAAUGAUAAAUGUCGGAUAAUCAGAGAUUUUUU